AUGCAUUUUCCGUUGCCGCUAUUACUUCUCAUUUUCCAUUUACUUAUUUCUACUUCGCAAACCACUGCACAACUUGACGGAACUAUAUCAAAUUCGGACGUGUGUCAAUGCAAUCAAACAUUGAAUCUUCUUGCACGUUCUGAAUAUUUUCAACUUGACACUAAUGUCGAUGAUGGUCAAUUAAUUCUUACUAAUCUAUUCACUCCACCUCAUAUUUUAACACUAAUAAGAAGUAACUCAACAGUACCAACAUUGACAGUAUCACUUAUCAAAGGUUCUGUUGAUCUUAUGUCAAUUGGUGUUGGUGGUGGUCAAUCAGGUGAAUUCAAUGCUUAUAUAACCUUUGAUAGCUCAUUGAGUAAUGGUACAACAACUAUUGGACCUAUUAAAUCUAGCCAAGGUGUUAUUAAACAAUGUUUUCUAAGGGUAAAUAUUAUCAAAUUGGAAUUUUCUGAUUUACCUAUUUCAACUUCGAAACAAGAUGUUCCAAUCGACUUAGUAACAUGCGAACAUACAUUACCUUGUAAUUGCACACCAUUAUAUGAUAUAAUGCGAGAUUCAAAUUAUUUAGGACGAAUCGAAGUAAGCGAAACAAGUGAACAAUUGAAUACAUUACGCGACAUGAUAAUACGUAAUAAUAAAACUGGUUUUCAAUUCAAUCCAUCAGCAACAUCAGGCUAUUUUCGAGUUUAUUUUAAAAAACCAAUUUCUAUUGCACUUGUUCAAAUUUUAACACCUCAAAGCAAUGUUAAACAAAUACGCUUAUCCUAUUUGGAUCAUAAUAAUCAAACAAUAAAAAAUCCAGCAUUACAAGGAUGGCAAGUAAAUCAUGUCAGUCAGUUUGGUCGAGAAAAUAAUUCAUUGGAUAAAUUAUGUCCAAACUUUUUAUUUCAUGGUAUUCAAGUCGAUCUUUUACAAACAGAUCCUUCGUCUUCAUUAGUUCAUAAUGCGACAUUAAAAGUUUAUAUACGAACUUGUGAUGGAACAGGUGGACGAAUACAAUUAUGUGCUGAAGCAAAUAUAAUGCAUCGACAAAAUUUAGAACUAUAUAGAUUUAUAACACCUGAAUGUUUUUCUGAUAUGGCACAAGCUUAUGAAAAUCUUCGUGGUGAAAAUUGUCGAUCAAAAAAUCCCGAAGUUUUAAUUAAAUUUCAACCACUAAGUCGAGCAUAUAUUUCAAAAGUUGAAGUUCAACGUCGACAUACUCGAUCUCCUGCAAAUAUUCGACAGAUUCAAGCAGUAUUUUUUGAUACUAAUAAUUCACUUAUAUUAGAUGAAAUUACUGGUGAACCGAUACGAUGGAUAUCACCAGAAAAUGAACCAGUUAUUUCAGGUGAUUUUCAAGAUGUAGGUGGUUUGAUAGUAAAAGUAUUAAAAACUGACAAUGAUGAAAAUCUUCGAGGAUUCCGAGUUAAAUUAAUGGGAUGUUAUUCAACAGCUAAAUUGGCAACGUAUAUCAUUGAGGAGACAACAACUCAAACAAGUUCUACUAUAUCGAGUGUAUGUCCUGAUCCAAUUGAUUUAAUGGCUAAUCCUUCGAAUAAAAUAAAUUCUAUGAAUCUAAAUGGAGAAAAUGUAUCAGAUGUUGCUUCAAUUUCAUCUUUAUCAUCAGGGUUGACUGCAAAAUCUGGAAAUACACUUAAAUUAUUGACAAAUUUUACAAAACCAAUUGAAGGCAUAACAAGUAUUGGAUUGAUUAAUUCACCAAAUGUUGUAGGACCAAUUCGAUAUCAAUUAUAUGAUGGUUUGGGAACUUUAAUCGAAGUUAAUGGAACUAAGGUUGGAGAAAUUGUUUCUAUUAAUGCCGAACAUAUCGAACAAAUUGUUAUAACGACAAAUUUACCUACAAAUGAUGGUCAACCACCUAGAAAUUUAAAACUUGUUUUAAAUGGUUGCUUUAACGAAGCGCAAUUGGCAACAAAAGCUCAGAUUGAAGAUGACGAAAGUACAGCUAUUCAAGCUACAACAACAAUCGCUCCUCAUCCUGUAUGUCGCGAUACAAAUCUUCUUGGACGAGAACAUCUUAAAGAAUAUUCUUCAAAUGAUGUUAUGUCGGAUUUAUCAAACGCACACCUUUUUAAGAGAGGUGUGACAUUUCCAGUUUCACAACCAAAUAUAACAGUAAAAUUUUUAAGUGAUGUUAUUGUUACAAAAAUGUACACACAAGUUCAUUAUCUUACACAUACAAGUAAUAUUCGACAAAUUUGUGUUACUUUAUAUAAUAAUAAUUCAACACCAUUAACUUAUCCGAAUGGAACACUUGUACCCUUAUUAAAAUCACCCUUAGAUAAUCCAGUUAUUGAAGGAUGGUUUGAAGGUGUUAAUAGUAUGCGUGUACAAUUAUGUGAUACUAAUGAUGGUCUACCACCAAAAAGAUUUCGAUUUGGUGUUUUCGGUUGUUAUUCAUCACAGGUUACAUAUAUUUUACUAUCACCAACAGAAUAUCCUGGACAACAAACAACAACGCCUCCAUUAUUUUGUUUAAAUGAUCGACAGGAUGCUAUGCUUGAUCCAUCAGAAUGGUUUGAAAAUGCAACAAUAAAUAGUCUAUCUCUACCUGCAUUUGAUGUUGUAUCAUUAUCUCAAUUUAAACCAAAUUCAGGUGGUGUUACAUUUGACAGUCGUUCUCCAUUACCAACAAUUGAUUUAAUUCCACGUGGACAGCGAGGUUCUUUUGCUACAUUAGGUUUUAAUAAUAAUCCAAAACAAGCAACUAAUAUUCAAUCAGGACAAAUUAUAUUAACAUUAAAAGAAGGAACAAAACAAGUUUAUUCAUUAUAUGGACCAGAUAAUCUUCUUAUAACGCCUAAUCGUAAUUAUGAUGUUAGAAAAGUAUCGAUGCAAAUUUUGAAUACAACAGAUGGACAACCAGCAAAAAAUGUUGAAAUUAUUGUUUAUGCUUGUUUAUCAGGAAAUCAAUCUUUAUCUACACCGAGCACUACUAAAGAACCAUGUAUUCCGAUUAACUUGGCUGAUCGAUCAUUAAUGGCAUCCGUAACAUCACCAGACUCUAAUAUAACUGACCUUGCUCCACAAAUAGUGUCAGGUUCAACUGGUGUUAGUUCAUUUGUAAGUGCUCAACCUGAAAUAACCUUUCUUUAUGGUACACAACAUGUUCAAACUUUAUAUGAUAUACGUGUACCAACUGAAAAUUCAAAUGUACGUCAAAUCGAAACAUCAUAUAUUGCAUUACCAGAUGGUUCAAAGCUUUUAACAGAUUCUAAAGGAGAUGUCAUAAGGAAUCUAUCACCCUUAAAUGAUCCAACAGUAAAAUUAGAUCCACCACGUGAAGGAAUUUAUGGAUUUAAAGUAAAAGUUUUAUCUACAAGUGAUAAUUCAACACCAAGAAACGUUACAGUUAUUGCUAAUGGAUGUCAAAAAUCAAGUGCAACAGCAACAACACCAAAUCCAUUUUACCAUGUUCCACGUGCUUGUCCUGAUAGUGUAAGUCUUUUAUCAGCACCUGAAUCAUAUAUUCAAUCAAUAAAAGCUGAUACGGAAGUCAUUAACAAAGACAAAUUUCAAGAUAUUACAACAACCGGUUAUACAUUUCCUUCAAACGCAACAAAAUAUUCAAUUACUGUUGAGUUUCGUCAGCCAUUGACCGUCGAUCGUAUGGGAAUUUUACAAGGAACCAAUGGAACAAACGUUGAUGUAUUUCAUGUUAUAUUGAAUCAAUCACCAGAGCGUUCGAAAUAUUCAGGUCAUGUCGGAGAAUUAAUUGUAGCUAAUGCAAGUGAUACCGAUCAAUCUGCUCGUUUAACAUUUCAUAUAAAAAACACAACUGAUGGACAACCACCAAGAAAUGUUCUUAUUUAUAUUGAAGGAUGUAAUUUUAGUACACUACAAACAAAAGCUCAAAUUGAAGAACAAGGUUCAACAACCAAAUCAGCUACUUGGUGUCCUGUAAAAAGUAUAAUGCACCCAGAAAAUAUGGCUGAAUAUUAUUCACCUGAUGCUUUAUCGGAUCUUUCAGAAGCAUAUGAAUUUCGACGUGGUGUUUCAUUUCCACUUUCUCAAACACCGACAAUUCGUGCAUAUUUUAAUGCACCUGUCAGUAUUUCAACUGUUGCUUUGGUACCAAUACAUAAACAUCGUAUAUCAAAUAUAAUUAAAUACAGUUUAUACUAUAUAACAUGGGACAAUCAACCAUAUAUUGAUCCAACAACAGGAAAAGUAUUAAACUUAACAACAGCCGAUGGAGAUUCAAAUUUAACAAUUCAGCAUGAAUUGAUUAACAAUUUGAAGGGGCUUAAUUUAACUAUUCUUAAAACAAGUGGUGGAACACCAACUUGGUUUCGUUUGAAAGUUUUAGGUUGUUAUAAACCAAGUGUAACUUAUUUUAUACCAAUGGACACAAUAACUUCUGCAAUGGAGACAACAACUUCUGCAAUGCAGACAACAACUUCUGCAAUGCAGACAACAACUACUGCAAUACAGACAACAUCAACACCAAAAAAAUGUGAAAAUCUAACUGACUUAACUCAAAUGAGUAAUACACUUUUUUCAAAGGUUAUUAUUCAAAAUCAAACACAAACAUCAUCUAGUAUUCCUUCACCUCUUGUGGUAAACCAAUUACCUUUUCAAAUUGAUAUCGAUUUUGCACGUGAAGUUGAUAUUGAACAAGUUCGUUUUGUUAAUGGUGAUCAAUCGAAAAUAAGUCAAAUAGGAGUAAUGGCUGAUGUUAUGAAUGAUUAUGUUAAUAGUACAAGUCCAACAUUGAAUGCAGUAUUAUUUCCAUCAACAAUUGAAUAUGUAUCACAUUUAACUGUUAAAUUAAAUAAUACCAUAGAUAAUUCAUUACCGAAUAAUUUAAAACUUGAAAUUCUCGGUUGUUAUAUAGCAGAAUCUGAAUUAUUUACUAAAGCACAAAUUGAAAUGGAUGAAACAACAAUGCAUACAGAACUAAUGGGUAGUACAACCUCUGAUUCAAGUUGGUGUUCACCGACAAAUAUCUUAACUCCUGGUAAUAUGCAAACAUAUUCAUCACCUGCAGCUCCAUUUAGUGAUUUUUCACGUGCUUAUGAAAAUAUGCAGGGUGAAAAGUUAACAGAAGAACCAUACAUAAUUAAUGCAUUCUUUAGUAAUCCUAUUUGUGUAUCGGAAGUGCGAGUUCAACAAGAAGCACCUCGAUAUAAACCAUCAAAUAUCGCAAAGAUUGAGGUUAGUUAUAAAACAAGUGAUAAAACUGAUUUAAAAACAUCUGAUGGAAAUAAAAUUGUUUUACAAUCACCUGAUGAUAAUGCAACAGUUAUAGAAAAUCAACUACGAUGUAAUGUUCAAGGCGUUGAUGUUAAAAUAUUAAAAACGACUGAUGAAAAUAAACCAUCUUUUGUUCGAGUGAUGGUAUUGGGUUGUAAUGCACCAAUUAGUACAAUGCUACCUUCAGCUGAUGUCUCCACAACAAUGCCAACUAGUUCAAUCAUUACUACUCAGCAGCAAAGCACCGAACAAACCAGCAUAACUGGAAGUACUACUCCUAUGCCAGAGUGCACAACACCAGUCGAGAUGAUCAGGUCGAACGAUCAGUAUUUUUCGCCAAUAAUAUCUGAUGGAGUAAAGUAUGAGCAACCUCCUUUUCCUAAGUCAUUCAAUAUGACAAAAUCUACAAUGAAAAUUGAAUUUUAUACUCCUGAACCAACCACUAUGACAUCAGUUUCCGUGCUCAAUCCAAAUGAAUCACAAAUAACACAAAUGACUGUUGAAACUGAUUAUGGCAAUUAUACCAGUACUAAUCUACAAGGGUUACAAGUCAAUUUUACACCUAAUAUUGAAUUUAAUACUCGUCUUAUUAUCACGUUGACAACAACAAUGUCAGAUGUAACUUUCCCAAAAGAAGUAAAAUUAGCUAUUUAUGGUUGUGGAGAACCAUAUGGGCUUGCAACUAAAGCACAAAUAGAAGAUAGUAAGAAUCCAAAAUGGAUUAUCAUAUAA